AUGGAUCAUUUGAUCCACGACUUUUUCUUGGAGAAUCACGUGAUCAGGAGGCGGGAGAUAAUAUCAGCUAGCGCCUGUGAAGUGAGUUGUUAUAUGGCGGCAGACUGUGUCUCUUACAACCUGAGACAGCCACAGGAUCCAGAUGGAGGGUAUCUAUGUGAACUGAACAAUUCUACAAACGAAAUUCAUCCCUUUGAUGUCAAAUACGAAAAGGGAGCUGUCUAUCAAUCAUUCCAGGUACGAUGCAAGCAAUUAGAUGCCAUAGCUAAUAAGAAUAAACCAAAAGGAUCGGACGAGGCCACUAUGGCGGACUCGCCAUUUAUACCAACAUCAACUUUCUCUGCCUCACAGAACCCUUGCUCUAGUAAUCCCUGUUCUGCGAUCCAGCGAUGCCAAACAGGAUUCACCCGCAAAGGUUAUCGCUGUGUUUGCAUAAAUGGACACUUUGGAAGAGACUGCACUGAAGCACCUCCAUACGUGCAAGUGUUUCCCGAUGUUAUCGAUACUGAAGAAGGAAAAAACACUUACGCGAGAUGUAAAAUUGUCAGUUUUCCUCCCCCACACUUGGUCACAUGGAGCCGCUCUCAAGGAAGUCUUCCUUCCCAUUUUCUAUAUAAAGAGUAUUUAUUCCUGAGAUACGUCACUAAACAAGACAGUGGGUCGUAUGUGUGUACUGCAACAAAUACCUGGGGCACAGACUCAUCCUCAGUUCAGCUGAGAGUCCACGCUCCCCUCAAGUUCACCAUCAAACCUCCUCCGUUAGUGAUAGUGAAGGCUUAUGAGGUUCUUGUACUGCCGUGUUCUGCUUCAAGCUUUCUAACUCCAAGAAUGUUUUGGACCUAUAGCAAGACCUGGUUCUUGCCUAGUGGUGCAAGUGUUGAUUCGUCAAAUAAUUUAACUCUUACAUCUGCGAAUUUCAAUCAUGUUGGUGUUUACACUUGCACUGCGUAUAAUGCAAUCAGAGUCAUUCGAGCAAGAGUCACCGUUUAUGUCAAGUAUCCCGACACCUGCGCCAGAGUGAAGACAGACAUCAGUGAAGUAAGUGGCUAUUAUAUCAUUGAUCCUGACGGUGUUCUUGGCGAGGAUCCAUUUCUUGUUUAUUGUAACAUGAGUGACCAAGGAGGCGUUGGAGUGACAGUUAUCAGUCACGACAGUGAGGAAAGAAUCCAUGUCACAGGAUACGACGCGCGUGGGAACUACAGCCGUGACAUUCACUACCGCUACAGCAACCUCUCACAGAUCAAAAGACUGAUAAACGUGUCAGGAAACUGCCAUCAAUUUAUCAAAUAUGAAUGCUAUGGUGCUAAAUUAAGGCUGGGCUAUAUGAGUUGGUGGGUUUCACGUAAUGGUCAGACCAUGAGGUAUUGGGGCGGAGCUUCUCAGGGAUGCGCAUGCGGAGUGACUAACUCCUGCGCCCGAACAGACAAGCCCUGUAAUUGUGAUAAAAAUGAUUUUGUUUGGCGGGAGGACAGUGGCUUUUUGACAAUCAAAUCUGACCUUCCUGUCAUUCAGCUGAGAUUCGGUGACACUGGUGGUGCUAAUGAGGAAGGAUAUCACACCCUAGGAAAACUGGAAUGCUACUGA